AUGCCUCUGGGGCAACCAGCCCCAGCUCCUUCUGUGUCCUGGCAGCACCCAGCUGAGCAGAACUGGCAACCACUGCACAAAUGGCUACUUGGGCAUGAGCAGACAAACAGGCAGACCAGAUCCAAUAGGAUAAGAUCUGGAGAGUCUGUGGAGGCUGGACAGAGAGGAAGAAGAAUCUGCUACCAGAACUGGAGGUUCCUAAAGGACCAUGAACAAAUGUUGAGUUUUGAACAGACAUUUAAAUGUACCCAUGCUCUUUUUAGUUUUCAUCAAUUUGAGGUAAGAGAGAGGAGCAGAAGCCACUGCCAAGUGCCAAGCUAUAUGUCUGUCUUCUCAAGCAAAGUUCCCAACUCAACCAUAAACUACUGCAGCCAAAUGAAUACUGAGCUUGGCAGGGCUCUGGUAAAUAUGAUCUUCAGCAGUGCUGCACGAAACAGGAAACUUGAGAGUGAGCUCCAGCUUUCUUAG